CGCGAGACGGUGACAUCCACCAUGAUCGGCACCCAGCAGAUUUGCCCUGCGAGCUUUACCUGCCCCGAGAACGACGGUUGCUCAUACACGGAUAGCUCUCGUACCUUGACCUUGACCUGCGGAGUGGACUUCUACGGAAACGACUCUGACAACCAAUAUUCAGAGAGUCUCGAGGCCUGUACACAAGCUUGUGCAACUAACACAAAGUGUGCAGCUGCUUCAUUCGUUGGUGGCAAGGGAGCUGGCCCUUGCUAUCUCAAGGGCACAAAGAAUGCUGCCAGCAUCAACGACAACGGCAACGUGGUCUAUAUCGUCACUGCUUCUGUGCAAUCUAGUAGCAUUAUCCCAUCUUCAUCUGCCACUAGCUCACCUUCCGCAUCUGCGGCGUCUAGCAACGUCGCUAUUUCCUCCUCGGUCACGGCUUCUGCCUCCUCUACCACAGUCUCUAGCAGCACGUUCGUCUCCUCGACCACCACCACCAGCAGUUCAUCCGCAACCUCUACUUCGACUAAUCUUGCAACAUGCGACUCAGUCAACAGCGGUACCAACUUAGUGGAACCCUAGCUUCGAGGUGAACACUGGCUCUCUGGGCAUUGCUCCUCCUUGGACAGUUUCGAACGACAGUGUCUAUCUUGUGAAGUAUCAGCCUGCCGCGCACUAUGGAUCCAAUUAUAUGUAAGUACUCAAUUCUGUUAGACCUUCUAGUAUUAAGGUCACAUUUCAUCAGGAACGUGCGUCAUAUCCCAAAUCAAACUUGUACCAGAAGAUCACCGCCAUCCUCGACACAACCAGGCCAUACGCUGUAAAAUUCAACCUCAACCCAUAUCAGAAUUUCGAAAACGUCGGCUGCACACUAGAGGCUAAUGCGAACGAUGUCCGUAUAUUCAGCCGUGACAUAACGACUUAUAUGAACCAG